ACCUAACCAUCUCACCAUAUAUAGGCCUCCAUAUGUCCACAUAAAAUUAUUUGAUUUCAACAUAUAAAUCCAUUUAACGCCUCUCAUUGGCUCUUUUGCAAGCUUAAGUAACACUGGAGUGCUUUUUUCAGUUAUAAAGGGUGUAUUUAUUUUGUCACAUACCGUUGAAUUAUUUUGUAAUUUUCAUGGCUCCGGUAUUUUUAGAACCCUUCUGGCAAUAAAGAUUGGAUUUUUAUUUUCUGGGCACGAGCUUCUUCUUGUUUAAAGGCAUCGGAGAAAUUUGCAGGCAUCACACUGAAACUCACUAUGACUUGAUGUUUCAGUCGUAAAAUGCAUAUCACAAAGCAAUAUCGCUGCGUGCACUCCGCAGCCUGUGUUUGUACCAAAGGGCACCUUAGUGAGGAAGUGAUCUUCUUAGUUUUCAACCAUUUGAACUGGAACCCUAAGUUGAUAGUGGCCCUUUCUUGCACGUGCAAAUGGCUAGACGAUCUCGCCAAACGAGUCCUCUGGAAGGAGUUCUGCAAGACACGGGCUCCUAAGAUGAUGCGCGAUCUCCACUCCAGCGGAAGCCAUAUCGUGGAUGGGAGCUGGAGGGCCCUCGGAAAGCUUCUCAUAUACUGCUCCGGAUGCAAGAAAGACGGGCUGUUCAACCGCGUCCACGUCCCCGGCCAUUUCGUGUACAGGACACGUUUCUCAAGGACAUCGGGGAAGAGCUUUCUCCUAUCACAAUGCAGGACGGACGUCUUGUACAUCUCCGACCCCUGUGAGCAUCUCGACCAAGGGGAGGAAGGGGAUAUAGGGUUUUUCCGUGGGAUCUUCAAAUCCUUUGCGACGUCUAAAGUCAGGAAACUGUUGAUCAGCCGGGGUGCCCCGCUGCAUCCGAAGGAGGUGUGUCCAUACUGCAAGGCGAAGCUGUGGAACAUGCAGGCAGCCAACAUGAUACCCUCGAGCGCCAGCUGCAGGCUCGGCGCGUACGAUGACUGCAUCGAGUAUUAUGUGUGUCUCAACGGACACGUGCUCGGGAUAUGCACCUUGUUGCCUUUAUCUGAUACAGAUGAAGCAUCUGAGGAGUGAUGCAGAUUUUUACUCUUAAGUCAGUGAUGCACCUUCACUGGGAAAAUCGAGGCUGUGGGUCGAGACGGAGGCGAGCCGAGGGAUGGAGGAUGGGGAUGUUGAGUGAAGCUUGGUGUGUAUAAUCUGCUGCUGUUUUUGGGGUAGCAGAAUGUUGGUGUCUGUAAAUAUGGUCUGUUAUUUAUACAUUUUUGUGCUGUGAUUUGUGACCUUACUAUAUACAUUAACUGUCUGACUGAGAAGCUGUCUAAUUUCACUAUUUCAAUAUGAUUGAAUACUAUCUGUUCAACUAAA